UCCGCCAUUUUAACUUCCUCCUUUCGACAGAAGAGAAGUUCACGGUGUUGUCGUUCACUUCAUCCUGUUUUUUUUCUUUAUUUUACUCAGUUCGACCGUGGGGUUCGGCUAGUUCCAGACAUCAAACUUAGCUACCUUUAUUUACAGCCGGCUAGAUUAGUUUACAUCGGCUCACUAGUCGACUAGGUUCUCCGGAAGAGUCGCAAUGCCGAGCCACCCGCUGCGUGUAGCGGUUGUGUGCUCGAGCAACCAGAACCGCAGUAUGGAAGCGCACAAUAUUCUCAGCAAACGUGGAUUUGAUGUGCGUUCAUUUGGGACAGGGUCUCAUGUGAAGCUACCCGGUCCUGCCCCGGAUAAACCAAAUGUGUAUGACUUCAAAACGACAUAUGAACAGAUGUACAACGACUUGGUCCGCAAGGACAAAGAACUAUACACACAGAAUGGGAUCCUGCAUAUGCUAGACCGCAACAAGCGCAUCAAAACAAGACCGGAGCGCUUUCAGAGCUGCAAGGAAAAGUUUGACCUGGUCAUCACUUGUGAAGAGAGAGUUUACGACCAAGUGCUGGAGGAUUUUAACUCCAGAGAGCAGGAGACGUUUCAGCCGGUGCACGUCAUCAACGUAGACAUCCAAGAUAACCAUGAGGAAGCCACACUGGGGGCCUUCCUCAUCUGUGAGCUGUGUCAGUGUAUCCAGCACACCGAUGACAUGGAGAAUGAUAUUGAGGAGCUGCUACAGGAGUUUGAGGAUAAGAGCAACAGGCCUUUUCUCCACACAGUCUGCUUCUACUGAUGCACCCCCCUAUCCAAAUUUGCAAUAAAACAUACCCACAUACACAAGCAAACAAACUAAACAUUAGCAUAUGGAUCGACACACACACAUGCAUACACCAACUAUAUUCCUCUGUCAUCUACACUGACACAGUACGCACAGUGCCUGCACGGCCACACACAGAACACACACACACAUCCUUUGGUCGGGACCCAGCAGAUUACUCUGGUUGGACAAAUGGUGAUGAUGGGCUUUUCCUCUAUGCAGAGGACAGGCCCAGUGCUCUCGCUCUGCCUUUACUCGCCUGGAUCAAGGUCAGGUCAAGGUCCCCCCUCCAUCCCAGUCAAGUGAAACCACUCAGCCAUGUCUCCUCAGGGAGCGCCAGUCCCCUCAGUCGAACGCCUCCUCAUUUAGCCCCUAUGAUUUUGUCAAAUAUUGCAUAAAGAUGCUGAUUGAUUUUUUUUUGUUUUGUUUUUCCAAAUGAUAUUGUAAUUGUAAUUCAGAAUAUGUCAGAGUUUUAUUCCUGAUUGAGGAUAGUGUAAAUGUGUUUAUUAGCAUCAGAGAGGAGAUCUGUUUGAGAUGAAUGCGUUUUUUUUUUUUUUUUUUU